GCCAGAAAGCUCCGCUGCGCUUCGCGUCUGGGGUCAGUGUGGCCGUCGGCGCGGGGAAAGGAGCGCUUUGCAAAAGCUGCGUGCAGCCUGCGGGAAGCUGAGCAUUGCGCGCGCGCUCUUCUCUGCACCCUUCUCUCUCUCUCUCUCUCUCUCUUUCUGCCUUUUUGCAGCCUUCGGAUACCCGCCCCAGCCUCCUGGAUCCCCAGAAGAGCGGACCCUUUUGAAAGCAGGCCCACCCCUGCAGCCUCCAGAUUCCUCUCCCCGGACCCGCGAUGCAGCGUCGCGCCCUUUUCCUGUGCCUGCUGGCGCUCGCCACGCCUUGCAUCGGCUCGGCGCGGGGUCUCUUCCUGUUCGGGCAGCCCGAGUUCUCCUACAAGCGCUCCAACUGCAAGCCCAUCCCGACGUCGCUGCAGCUGUGCCGGGGCAUCGAGUACCCCAACAUGCGGCUGCCCAACCUGCUGGGCCACGAGACCAUGCAGGAGGUGCUGGAGCAAGCGGGCGCCUGGAUCCCGCUGGUGCAGAAGCAGUGCCACCCGGACACGAGGAAGUUCCUCUGCUCGCUCUUCGCGCCCGUCUGCAUCGACGACCUGGACGAGACCAUCCAGCCCUGCCACUCGCUGUGCGAGCAAGUCAAGGACAGCUGCGCGCCCGUCAUGUCCGCCUUCGGCUUCCCGUGGCCGGACAUGCUGGACUGUAGCCGCUUCCCGCAGGACAACGACCUGUGCAUCCCGCCGGCCAGCAGCGAGCACGUCUUGCCGACUCCCAGAGAAGGUAAGAGGGCGCCUGCGGGCACCAGUAUUGCGAGCAGGGCGAGCGCAAGGACGGAGCUUGCGCCAUGGGGAGCGCGCGCUAGGCACGCCUGCGGGAAGCAGAUUCCCGACGGCGAUCGUGGGCAUUUCCAAUGGGCUCCUCGUCACAUUUCCUAGAGGAUAAGCGCCACUGAAAGCAGGGGGACUUACUGAGUGAAUAACCGUGCAGAGGAAUGCUUCGAAAGUCUUUCUGGGAGGGAAGGAUUGGCUACCCCUUGAAGUGCAUAAUUGGAAGUAAUCCCGUUGAGUUCAGUGGCGUUACUCCGAAGUGAAUGUGCCCAGGGACUGCAACCAAGCAGCCUGACUUACUUGGGGACAAAUCGCAAUGCGUUGACUUGGGUUUUUGCCCAGGUGAGCAUGAAUCAGAUUGCAGGCUUAAUCUGCCAACCUGAGGACAUUUACCCCAAAGCUAGUGCCAUUGAAGUCAGCAGACUCCCCUGGAUGGAUAAGAAUGUUUAGGAGUGAAUUGCUUGCCUCCCCUUUUUUUUAAAGGAAUAAGGUAUCAAACAUAGCAAAGCCACAUAAUAAAAACCCUCUUCUUAUCAAAUAUCUCAGCUUUAAUAAAUGGCAUCUUUUUUGGAAGGGAAGAAUCAGAGCCUCCUAUAGUACAAUGGAACUGUUACUUUUCAACAUCCAGGGUCCAACUAUAGAUAUGCUUUAAUCACUCCAGAACCUCAGAUAUGUUUUCAGACCAUCACAGCACCAAACAAUGAUUCAGUGGAUGCCCCUUACUCCAGAAAACUACAGUUUAACAAAGCAAACGCCACAGGUUUACAAUUUUCCAAGGUCUGAAAUGCUCAGUGCAGUCCUAAGCACAGUUAAUAAGAAUGAAGCCAAGCUGAAUUCAUUGAGACUUACAGUGGGAUCUUAAAUAUGUAUACUCAGAAAUAAAUGACUUUGGGUUCAGUGGGGCUUGCUCCCAGGUAAGUGGGUAUAGAAUUCCACUGUUAAGCUUAUAGUAUGUUUAGUGUGUAAUUGUCAGGGUGCAAAUAGGUUUUUUCAAAUCUACAACUGCAGAUUUGUUCAUUCAGAGAAAGUCCCAUAAAUCGCAUAGUAAACAUGCUUAUAGGAUUACAGUCUUAGACCUGAUGAACUUCAGUGCACUCUUAGUAGUCCAGUCCAUGUUCGCAUGGAAGUAAAUUUCAUUUAAUGAGAGUGGGCUUACUCACAAGUUGUGUUAGUCACAGUACUCUGUAACUGUAAUAUCAACAUCAUAUUCAACCCAUUAGCCCAUGCUCAGAGCAAACCCAUUGAAACAGGCUUAAGUAAGCUCAUUGAUUGCAAUCUAAAUAUGACUUAGUUGGAUGUCCUGCUGCUCAGGUUGUCCUAUUUAAACUGGCUAGCAUUGUUUUAAACUGUUGUGGAGGUUUGCAUUUUGUUUAAUUGAUGGUUUCUCUCACCCACCCCUACUGAUAAGAAUAUGGAGAGGGAACAUACUAAAUAAAUUUGUUGAUAAAGGAAUCAAAUGCAGAGUGUCAAAGUCAUGUCUUCUCAUUUUAAAUAAAUAAAUUAAAUGCUUUCAGCCACAGUUUAGAUGGUUUUAAUUAGCUAGGUGGGGGGAACCGAGAGAGAGGGAGGGUGACACUUUCCCAAGUUUUUAAAUAAAGGAGAGAAAAGAAGAGGGCAGAUUUCUGAAGCAAACCCAUCAGGGAAACCUUGUGUAUUGUAUUGUCACUCUCCUUUCCUCCACUCAAUGCCCCCGAUCAAGGCAUUGAUUUCUUUUCCUCCUGGGAGAGCCUAAGGAUGGUUGGGGGGGGGGAGAGAAAGCUUUAAUCUCCUUCACAUCCAUUGCCUUUUCAAUAUCCCAUUGAGCCUUCCCACUGAAUUUGCAAGAUAUUUCUUUAGCAUGACUGUUUAGUUUUCUUUCAGCUAUUAUUAUUUCCAAACUAAAACAAAAUGCUUUUACUCUUUUAAGCUCAGAGUACACUAUAAGCUGUCCCUGUAGCUUCUGGCGAAGGCAUUGAGGGCUAUACAUCUUGCUUUCUGCUGUUUUUCCCUUUGUAUUUCACAGGGUCUUCCCUCUUGCCUUAAAAUUCGUUCAACGCAGCUGAUGUGCAGAGCAAUCCUAUGUAUUGCUUUGCUUGGAAGUAAGUCCCACUGUUUUCAGUGUGGCUUACUCACCAGAUAUUCAGCGCUGGAUCACAACUUUAUGGGUUUGGGAGCUGAUUUUUGGAACUGGUUCAAGAAUAAGGCAGAAUCUGGCGGCCACAGCUGUAUAUAUAGAUAUAUAAGGAGUAUACUUUGUUUCCAAACGCCACCUGCUGUUCUCGUUUGAACAUCUCUGCUGAAGAUUUCUUUUCUUUCUUUAAAUAUAUUUCAUUCUAGCACCAAAAGUUUGUGAUGCCUGCAAAAGCAAGAAUGAGGAUGACAAUGAAAUUGUGGAAAACCUCUGCAAAAAUGACUUUGGUAAGUUGUUGUUGUUUAAAGUCACUCUAAUUAAAAAUGGGGAAGAGUUGUCGUACUGUCUGCCAUGAUAACCAAGCAGUUUUGCAAGACACAUACAGAACCGGCAUUUAGCUUUCUUCAGAAUCAAGUAGAUUCCGGCAUUGGUAUUAGCAAUGGGACAAUCAAAGCCGGUUAGGAUAAGUAGUGCCAAUAGGGUAGCAAGCUUCCAAGUUGUUUAGAGUUCUGCCUUUGAAUAAACAUGGCAACCAUGUUUCACUUCUUAUUAACAAAGUGAAUGUCAGUGUGGCUUAUAGUACCUGUGUAGUGUCAGCAUCUGUUAAUUGAAAGCUAUGGAAGAAGACAAACUGCAUGAGGUCCCUAUUGGUACCAGUCAAGCACUCAGCAUCAGCAGCAGUGGAUAGAUCUACCCCUACCAUGUGCCUCAUUUUCCUCCUUCCUUGCAUAGGAGCAACUGGCAGACAUUCUCUUAUGCGGAAGAAAGUAGUGGGGCCCCUAUUAAGGUAGAAGCUCCUCCUCCUCCACUCCUUUUACAUUUUGCAUAAUAUACUUUGUCCCAUGGCAGUCAGUAGAGAUCAGAUUGAUUUUCUAUGGCUUCUACCUUCAUCAAACUAUUGUUACAUCUUCAUCUGUAUAGUCCCACCCUAGGUCCCAUAGCCUGGUCAUCGUUGAAUAUGACAGAUCACAGCAACAACACAUAAAAUAUUUGUGUAUUUUAAAAAUCAUCUGCAGUAAUGCUGGAGCAUCACAGCAUCUUCUGUAGAUAUGCAUGGCAUUCUCUACCAUGUGUACCAAAGGCAACAUAAAAUUUUAAAGUAUAUUCCGCAUAUACUUUGCUGACCAUUGCUUGUGUGCUACACCGAUACUCAUGGAUGGAUGCAACUGGGAGCCUUUCAAAGUAGACCCAGGCAGCAGAGCUGUGCUGAGGACCUUGGCUCCAUUCUGUUUCCCUUCUGAUCCUUCUGCAGGGGGAGGGGGUGAAUGGGAGGGGAGGCUGAACUCCUGUCCUGCUGUGAAUCUGAGAGCAUCAGGCUUUAUCCUCUCCAGUUCCCAUCUUCUCAUGGAGAGGGAGGGAGGGAAUGCUGAGCACCCAGUCUGAUGGGAACGAAGUCAGAAAGGAUUCCUCCUGACUUGGAUUAUUGGGCGGUGAGAAAGCUGCAAAGAUGUGAGAGGGGGCUGAGGUUCGUCCUCAUUUGUUUCCAAACCACCUGGUCUUUAUGGCAUUUCUGACAUGCAAAGUGCUUUACAGAUCUUAACGUUCAUUCCCAAGAGUCAUGGCAAAGCCUUUGCAUUCCAGAGUUGUUCUUUUCUCAAAGUUUCUUCAGAAAACCCAGCAUGCCAUGAACUGCUUUGGCGGAUGCAGAUUGAGAAUGGCAGUCCUGAGGUGAGAUGGGUGGCAUAUCCCUACAAGACAUAAACAUUUCUGGGCUGGUAAUUGGAAAGGCCUCUUGAGUGAGGCAGAUAACGUAUGAGAAAAUAGUUGGCAUAGAAAUAAAGUUUAUUAUUAUAAACACAUGCUAUAAUUUUAUCAGAUUAGAGCUGGGAAAGUAUUUGUGGUGGAAUUUACAGGGAUAAUAUUCUUAUCAGAAGGGAAUUGCAAAGACAAUGACUUACUGCUUGUGUAACUAGUCUUUUAAGUUUUCAUGUGGCACAUCCAGUAUGAGAUAUUCAGAUAAACAUUUUCUUGGUGGCUUUUUUUCUGUGUGUGUGAAGCAUGCUGUGUAGGUUUCUUAAUGAGCCUUGUGUUCCUCCCGCCUCCUUCCAGUUAUUUUUCCAAAUCAAAUGCAGCUGUUAAACCAAUUCUCCUCCUCUUUGGCCUGUUCUUUUGCAUACAGCACACAAGCAAUGUCAGUUCCUUACAGGUUCACCUAAGAAUCUUCCUAACCUCGUAAAUUAAGCCUCAAGAUCUUGGCAACAGCCGCGAUCAGAUUCCCUACGAAUCGUAGGCCUCUCCCCCCACACACCCCAGCAGCUUUGGUGAGAAGACAUUGUGCCAAGUUGAAACCUUAAUGCAUAAUUAAUGUACAAAAAUGGGGGGCCUGGUUUCCCCACCCCCUCCUCCUGUGUUUGCAAACGAGAGAGAAAGAGAGAGAGAGAAAAGCUGGAGAAAAAAGGCCCACUUAGAAAAGUUUUGUUUAAAAGAGAAAGAAAGAAAGAAACACACCCCAAGGUUGAUUCAAACUGAAAUGACUUGCAUGCCCUUGGUGGCUUUAGAAAUGGAGCCACCUGCUGUCCGUUCUGUCAGCCCCUGACAGUUUAAUUAGCAAUAGAAGACCUCCCUCCCCAGGUUCUCUUUAUCUGCACUAAUGGGAAAAACCUCGCUCUCUCGCUCUCUUUCUUCCUUUCAACGUGCCCCCCCUCCCCGCUCCCCGUUAUCCCUAUUAGCCCUGAAGAUAAAAGUGAAGGAGAUCGCCUACAUCAAUGGGGACACCAAGAUCACUCCGGAAACAAAGAGCAAAACCAUCUACAAGCUGAAUGGGGUGACAGAAAGGGAUCUGAAGAAAACGGUGCUUUGGCUCAAAGGUGGCCUGCAGUGUACCUGCGACGAGAUGAACGAUAUAAACGCACCCUACUUAGUGAUGGGACAGCGGAUGGCUGGCGAGCUGGUAAUCACCUCCGUCAAGCGAUGGCAGAAAGGUCAGCGAGCAUUCAAGAGGUUCUCGCGCAGCAUUCGCAAACUGCAGUGCUAGUUGCUUGCCACGUUUGGCCCUGUCUAGUCACCAGCCUCAAGUUCUUCCAAGCGCCUUGCACCUCCUGGCUUCCACUGCAAAGCACAGCAGGCGUGGGUGGGAGACGAAACGUCGUUUCUUUCUUUCUUUGGGGUGGGGGAGAAGGGAGAGGAAAGGGGAACCUCCCCUCCCCAAUUUUGUACAUAUAGUAAAACUCUCAUUACAAAAAAAACCACAAAAACAUGAAUACUUUUUAUGAUUGUAUUAAAGUAUCUUGCUUAGAGCUAGCUAUUUGCAUCGGUGCAAAAUGUGACUUUAAUUUUUUUAAUCUUUUGUUUUGGUUUUUCCAUUUUGAACAGUCCUUCAGUGCGGCUAACAUUUCUGUAUAGGUUAUGUUACACGUUAGUUUUGUUAAUCUUCAAGUCCAGUUGGUCAGGUUCAGUUUUGAUGCAGUGCGAAAAGGGCUCCAUGAAAUGUUGUUGCCCUUUCUUGUGAUAGAUCUUCAGAAGAUAGUAAAGCCCAGAUAUGGCUACUUUCUGGUCUAUUUGAAAGGGAAUCUGACAACGAUGUCAAGUCACUUUCUGAGGCAAAGGAGAGCUAGGAUUGCCACUUAGACACUUUUCCAUUUGGGGCAACAAUUCAACACAGAGCUAAAAGGAUUGCUUUAAGUCCUCUGAGUUUGGUGGGCUUGCGCAUAGCUUAAAGUUCCAAUCCUGGAGUUUGUACUUAGUGGGGCUUACUUCUGUAAACAUGCCUAGGUUUGCACUAUAAAUCCGUGUUGAAUUGUGGGCAUUCUGUUUCAUUUUGACCUUGAAUAUUGGACCACAUUUUACCCAAGAUAAACAUGUCCCCUAUUUUUAUUCACUAUAGGGAAAGUACGAUUGUCACAUGUGCUACUUAUGCAGGAACUGCGUCAAUAAAGGCAUAUUAACCAUUUGCACACAGUAUUUUAUACAAACCUGUUAAUAGUUUUAAACUGGCUCAAUGCACAUUUUAGGAAGGUUUCUUUUUGUGCUAUUUUGGUACUACUGCCUUCACAAAUUAAACCUUUCCUUAGUCUAACUGUAAUAUAAGUAGUGGUUAUUCUGAAAGAGUUGUAAAAUAUUACUUUAACAAACCUUGUAAAUAUUCCAGAUAAACCUUAUAUUCUUGUAUAUAAACUUUACAUCAUAGUUU